CGAGCAAUGGAAGGUGAAGCUGUUGGAGAAGCAUUUGGCCAGUAAUAAUCAUGGGUGGAAGUAAAAUGUUCUUCUGUAUUAUGAUCGUGCCAACUUCAGAAGAUAUCUAUUUUAAUUCGUUUUACAAAAUAUUACAUACACGUGUUACAUGAAGUUGGCACUUUUUCAAAAAAGAACACCAUUCGUAUUACCAAAAGUAUUUAAGUAGAGGUUAAAGCGAAUAUUUUAUGAUUUCCAUUAUAUAAUUGUAGUAAUUUAAACAGUAUUUAUUAAACAUGUCUGUUUUAAGUAAAAAUGUGAUUGUAGCUUUUAAAAAAUAUCCUGUUCUGCGAGGCAUGGCAUCAUACGGAAUUAUUUGGCCUAUUUCAAGUUUCAUACAACAAACAUUUGAGGGAAAACGUUUUGAUUCUGAUAAUAAAUAUGAUUGGCUGAGAUGUGCUCGCUUUGGUUUAUAUGGAUCCUGUUAUGUAGCUCCUACACUCUACAGUUGGUUAACAGUUGCUAGUAUAAUGUGGCCAGGAAAUAUGGUUAGAAGUGCAAUUGUUAAGACAUUCUUUGAAACCAUUACAUACACCCCUUUUGCAAUGGUUAGCUUUUAUUUUUUCAUGAGUUUAUUGGAACUUAAAACUUUUGAUGAAGCUGUUGCUGAAGUAAAAACUAAAUUCUGGCCCACUUAUAAGGUUGGAGCAUCUGUCUGGCCUGCAGUGGCAAUGAUCAACUUUAGCUUAAUACCUGAAAAAAAUAGAGUUCCUUUCAUCAGUGUCUGUAGUCUUAUAUGGACAUGUUUCUUAGCUUAUAUGAAACACUUGGAUAAAGACAAUGUGGCUUUAAAAUCUCAACAAUCUAGUCUUUUAUUAAAAGUUUAAAAAGGUUAUUGUUUGCUUGUCAAGUAUGUCUAGGAAUACUUGAUAAUUUGGUUUGUAAAUUUAGAACAUAACAUUUAAUUACAUCAAUGGUAUUAAUCAUUUUACUAUAUUUAUUUAAAAAAUUAGGUUACUAAUUUAAAUUUCACUAAAUGAAAUUUUGAGGUUUAAUUCCUUAAUACCAAAUUACUAUCUGUGAUUGUGAGUGGUGAACUCAGUUUGUCUUCUGUCAAUAGUUGUUUAUGUUUUAAAAAACAUAGGCAUGGUUUAUUGGCAAUUUACCAAAUGUGCAAUAAAAGUAACAUUUUUAAUGACAA